CGAGGCCGGAGACAGGCACCGUUCUGCCGUCCUGUGUCGGACCACAAGAUCGGCAGGAUCUCCUGAGCUGUCGGCAGGAUCUCCUGAGCUGUUGGCAGGAUUUGCUGUGCUGUCGGCAGGGUCUCCUGAGCUGUCGGCAGGAUCUCCUGAGCUCUCGGCAGGAUCUCCUGAGCUCUCGGCAGGAUCUCCUGAGCUGUUGGCAGGAUUUGCUGUGCUGUCGGCAGGGUCUCCUGAGCUGUCGGCAGGAUCUCCUGAGCACCCAGCAGGAUGACAGGCACAGCGCUUGUAUGGCUGGUGGUCUGGCUGGCGGCCGGUCGCGCUGGCGCCGAGGUCUGCGCCGGCCGCGGCUCUGUCCGAGGCCAUGCCGACGUCCAGGCGAGAUGCACUGCCAACGGCCAGACCUACGCUCUCACUCCCGCCAGCCUGUCCGGCGGCCGAGUCGGCCACUUCCAGAACAUGACGGCCGUACACCUGAUGCGCCAGCACGUGCAGCGGCUGACCCGGCGCAAGAGGUCUCUGUGGAGCGCUGCGUUUGCUGCGGACGGCCUGCCGUGCGCCGAAGGACGCUGCGGGGGCCGGCCGGACCUGCCGGAUCAUCAGCAGCUGCAGUGCUGUCAGCCGGAGACCAGCGUGCUGCUGCCCCUGUCAGCCACGUCCAGCGUCACCAAGAGGCGUGUCCAGAUCGUCCAGUCGCCACCGCUCCACGUGCAGCCGGUGCUGGUCUCCGCCUGCCAGUCGGACCGGUGUCCGGUUACCAAUGUCUCGUGCCACCAGAUGUACGCGCCUCAGAUCCUGGUCAAGCUCUCCGGCCGCCGACUGCAGUUUGACAUGGUGUACGUCGAGUCGGGCUGCCUGUGCGGCUCGCCUGAUGGCGCCACCGUCGCGUCGACAACGCAGGAAGGUCCGAGCAUGACGUUACUGUCGCCGACGCAGUCCAGUUCGCAUCUACCGGGUGGCGUGUCGCCGGAGAUCGCCGCCACGGAGGGGCGGAACGCGCUGUCGUUGGAGGUGACCGCCACAGAGGCGUCCAGCCCUCUGCCGCCGGAGAUCGCGGCCGCGGAGGAGCGGGACGCGCUGUCGUUGGAGGUGACCGCCACAGAGGCGUCCGACCCUCUGCCGGCGGAGAUCGUAGCCGCGGAGGAGCGGGACGCGCUGUCGUUGGAGGUGACCGCCACAGAGGCGUCCGACCCUCUGCCGGCGGAGAUCGUAGCCGCGGAGGAGCGGGACGCGCUGUCGUUGGUGACCGCCACAGAAGCGUCCAUCUCUCUGCCGCCGGAGGUCGCCGCGCGGAUGUGGGUCCAGACGGAGACAGCUGCACCACGGUUGGACCAAUUGGUGUCACAGUUCGAGGUCCCGCCCACCGCCGACAUCGGGUCAGAGAUGGCUGAGACGGCCGACGUCGGUGUGGGCUCGGCGCCCCCGGGCGACGUGGUGGGACCGGACUCCGAGCUCAGCGCUGGCGCGGCCCCGACGCCCGAGAGCGUCCGUUCGCCCCGGGUGGUGCAGCCUGACUCGGGCGAGCUCGCCACGUCUGCGGCCUCGUCCCAGUCGCCGCGCUCGCCUUCGAAAACCACGGACGCCACGCUCGACAGAGCUCCCGCCACGACGGCGCCGCUGCCGCUGGCGGAGUCCGAAUCAGUGGCGACCACGGAGGACAGCCCUGUGGUCACAGCUGGUCCGGCCAAAUCUACCGCCCAGGCCGUCCACGAGGUCACUGAGUCGGCAGGCGCGGCGGCGGCGCCAGUAGAGGCGAGGCGCAACGACAGCGACGCGACGACAGCCAGCGACGCGACGCCGCCGGCUGGUGACCGGUCGGAUCGGCUGGAGACCGCCGUCCGCCUGGUCCGCCGCACCAUGGAAAACGAGCGCGCCGCGCUCGAGGCGCUCUACGACCGCCAGCUGCGGCUGCUGGACCAGCAGCUGGACGAGCGGCAGGAGGCGAUCCGGCACUCCUUUGAUCGCGAGCUGGAGAUGCUGCAGGAGAUCGUGCGGUCGCUCGGUCUGCCGGGGCUGCAGGGCCCGCCGGUGACCGAGGUCGGCUCCACCAGCGAUGACGUCAGUGUCCCAGUGACGGCCGAUACCGAGGCGAACCGUAUUGCGAAUGUCGUCCCGGCAAAAGACCCUGCAAAUGUGGACUAUAUCAUCAGUUUACCCGUGAGAGGUAACGAUUCUGGUGAUGAUGACCCGACCAAUGCAGUCAAUGAAGUUAACACUUCCGCCAAGAAUAACAGCGAAGCCAGCCGCGACUCCGUGACAUUGCCCAGCACAUCACUCCUGCCCGCUCACCCUCCAGAGUGUAAGCUAGCCGAAGACGACAACGACCACGAGAAGAUCAUGGAGCAGCUCAACGUGCUGGUCAGGGUGCUGUUUGACAUUGGACUGAAGUUCUUCAGCUCCUACCGGCCGGAGGAGCCGCUGCCACGGGCCACGGCCGCGCUGCCUCGCACGGCGUCUGCCGGGUCGCCGGCAAGCAUGCGUCUUGAACAGAAGCUUCACUACGUGAGCGGCAGCGCUUCCCGCUUCAGCUUCGCACUGGACGACUUGGAGCGUCAGCUGGCGCACGUGCACCAGAUGCGCAGGUUGCUGAGACUGGGCCUAGGCGGCCCGCCCCUGGAGCCGCUCCAGUUCGACUUCCACCUGCCGCAGGCGACGGCCGCCAUGCUGCGCUGUUUUGUAGAGCCGCUGCCCGACUUCCGGCUGGUUGGCAACCUGACUGCCAACUUCAGCCCGCUGCCGGUGGAGCCGAUGUCGGUGCGUCUGCAGCGCGGCGGCGGCACGACGCGAGCUCUAACGCUGCGCGUCGUGAGCAUCGUGGGCGACCUCUGGUCCGACUGGCGUUUCUUGCUCAACAACAUCCUGCGAUCAGCGACGGUCGUAGAGCAGCGAGAGCGGCAGAACGUGCUCAUGCUCAGUCGAUCGGACCUGACAGCGGGGCUGCACGCGGCGCUGACGGCGCUGAACGCUACUGAGCGGCAGCAGCUGGCCGCGGAACGAGCGGCGCUGGUGGAGGGCAGCGUCGAGCUGCAGUUCGCCAUCUCCGAGGUAGAGAAGCUGCUGACGGCGCUGGUCGACAUAGCCAACCUGCUGCUGACUACAGAGGUGACGCGAGAGAAGCGCCAGGUGUCGGAGUCGGGGCCGCCGGCAGUGAUCAGCCAUAUGAGUCGAGCCCUGUUCGGAAGCCUGCGCUGCUUCCUCCGAGGCCUGGCCGGUGCCGAGGAAGAGGAGGAGCAGGGCGGCCUGGUAGCCACCGUUAUCAAGACGCAUGCUUCGGCAGAGCUGCCUAGCACAUCGUUCCUGCCCGCUCACCCUCCAGAGUGUAAGCUAGUCGAAGACGACAACGACCACCAAAAGAUCAUGGAGCAGCUCAACGUGCUGGUCAGGGUGCUGUUUGACAUCGGACUGAAGUUCUUCAGCUCCUACCGGCCGGAGGAGCCGCUGCCACGGGCCACGGCCGCGCUGCCUCGCACGGCGUCUGCCGGGUCGCCGGCAAGCAUGCGUCUUGAACAGAAGCUUCACUACGUGAGCGGCAGCGCUUCCCGCUUCAGCUUCGCACUGGACGACUUGGAGCGUCAGCUGGCGCACGUGCACCAGAUGCGCAGGUUGCUGAGACUGGGCCUAGGCGGCCCGCCCCUGGAGCCGCUCCAGUUCGACUUCCACCUGCCGCAGGCGACGGCCGCCAUGCUGCGCUGUUUUGUAGAGCCGCUGCCCGACUUCCGGCUGGUUGGCAACCUGACUGCCAACUUCAGCCCGCUGCCGGUGGAGCCGAUGUCGGUGCGUCUGCAGCGCGACGGUGGCGCGACGCGAGCUCUAACGCUGCGCGUCGUGAGCAUCGUGGGCGACCUCUGGUCCGAUUGGCGUUUCCUGCUCAACGACAUCCUGCGACCAGCCACGGUCGUGGAGCAGCGAGAGCGGCAGAGCGUGCUCAUGCUCAGUCGAUCGGACCUGACAGCGGGGCUGCACGCGGCGCUGACGGGCAGCGUCGAGCUGCAGUUCGCCAUCUCCGAGGUAGAGAAGCUGCUGACGGCGCUGGUCGACAUAGCCAACCUGCUGCUGACUACAGAGGUGACGCGAGAGAAGCGCCAGGUGUCGGAGUCGGGGCCGCCGGCAGUGAUCGGCCGUAUGAGCCGAGCCCUGUUCGGUAGCCUGCGCUGCUUCCUCCGAGGCCUGGCCGGUGCCGAGGAAGAGGGCCAUGCCGACGUCCAGGCGAGAUGCACUGCCAACGGCCAGACCUACGCUCUCACUCCCGCCAGCCUGUCCGGCGGCCGAGUCGGUCAAUUCAAGAACAUGACGGCCGUACACCUGAUGCGCCAGCACGUGCAGCGGCUGACCCGGCGCAAGAGGUCUCUGUGGAGCGCUACGUUUGCUGCGGACGGCCUGCCGUGCGCCGAAGGACGCUGUGGGGGCCGGCCGGACCUGCCGGAUCAUCAGCAGCUGCAGUGCUGUCAGCCGGAGACCAGCGUGCUGCUGCCCCUGUCAGCCACGUCCAGCGUCACCAAGAGGCGUGUCCAGAUCGUCCAGUCGCCACCGCUCCACGUGCAGCCGGUGCUGGUCUCCGCCUGCCAGUCGGACCGGUGUCCGGUUACCAAUGUCUCGUGCCACCAGAUGUACGCGCCUCAGAUCCUGGUCAAGCUCUCCGGCCGCCGACUGCAGUUUGACAUGGUGUACGUCGAGUCGGGCUGCCUGUGCGGCUCGCCUGAUGGCGCCACCGUCGCGUCGGCCACGCAGGAAGGUCCGAGCAUGACGUUACUGUCGCCGACGCAGUCCAGUUCGCAUCUACCGGGUGGCGGGUCGCCGGAGAUCGCCGCCACGGAGGGGCGGAACGCGCUGUCGUUGGAGGUGACCGCCACAGAGGCGUCCGACCCUCUGCCGCCGGAGAUCGCGGCCGCGGAGGAGCGGGACGCGCUGUCGUUGGAGGUGACCGCCACAGAGGCGUCCGACCCUCUGCCGGCGGAGAUCGUAGCCGCGGAGGAGCGGGACGCGCUGUCGUUGGUGACCGCCACAGAAGCGUCCAUCUCUCUGCCGCCGGAGGUCGCCGCGCGGAUGUGGGUCCAGACGGAGACAGCUGCACCACGGUUGGACCAAUUGGUGUCACAGUUCGAGGUCCCGCCCACCGCCGACAUCGGGUCAGAGAUGGCGGAGACGGCCGACGUCGGUGUGGGCUCGGCGCCUCCGGGCGACGUGGUGGGACCGGACUCCGAGCUCAGCGCUGGCGCGGCCCCGACGCCCGAGAGCGUCCGUUCGCCCCGGGUGGUGCAGCCUGACUCUGGCGAGCUCGCCACGUCUGCGGCCUCGUCCCAGUCGCCGCGCUCGCCUUCGAAAACCACGGACGCCACGCUCGACAGAGCUCCCGCCACGACGGCGCCGCUGCCGCUGGCGGAGUCCGAAUCAGUGGCGACCACGGAGGACAGCCCUGUGGUCACAGCUGGUCCGGCCAAAUCUACCGCCCAGGCCGUCCACGAGGUCACUGAGUCGGCAGGCGCGGCGGCGGCGCCAGUAGAGGCGAGGCGCAACGACAGCGACGCGACGACAGCCAGCGACGCGACGCCGCCGGCUGGUGACCGGUCGGAUCGGCUGGAGACCGCCGUCCGCCUGGUCCGCCGCACCAUGGAAAACGAGCGCGCCGCGCUCGAGGCGCUCUACGACCGCCAGCUGCGGCUGCUGGACCAGCAGCUGGACGAGCGGCAGGAGGCGAUCCGGCACUCCUUUGAUCGCGAGCUGGAGAUGCUGCAGGAGAUCGUGCGGUCGCUCGGUCUGCCGGGGCUGCAGGGCCCGCCGGUGACCGAGGUCGGCUCCACCAGCGAUGACGUCAGUGUCCCAGUGACGGCCGAUACCGAGGCGAACCGUAUUGCGAAUGUCGUCCCGGCAAAAGACCCUGCAAAUGUGGACUAUAUCAUCAGUUUACCCGUGAGAGGUAACGAUUCUGGUGAUGAUGACCCGACCAAUGCAGUCAAUGAAGUUAACACUUCCGCCAAGAAUAACAGCGAAGCCAGCCGCGACUCCGUGACAUUGCCCAGCACAUCACUCCUGCCCGCUCACCCUCCAGAGUGUAAGCUAGCCGAAGACGACAACGACCACCAAAAGAUCAUGGAGCAGCUCAACGUGCUGGUCAGGGUGCUGUUUGACAUUGGACUGAAGUUCUUCAGCUCCUACCGGCCGGAGGAGCCGCUGCCACGGGCCACGGCCGCGCUGCCUCGCACGGCGUCUGCCGGGUCGCCGGCAAGCAUGCGUCUUGAACAGAAGCUUCACUACGUGAGCGGCAGCGCUUCCCGCUUCAGCUUCGCACUGGACGACUUGGAGCGUCAGCUGGCGCACGUGCACCAGAUGCGCAGGUUGCUGAGACUGGGCCUAGGCGGCCCGCCCCUGGAGCCGCUCCAGUUCGACUUCCACCUGCCGCAGGCGACGGCCGCCAUGCUGCGCUGUUUUGUAGAGCCGCUGCCCGACUUCCGGCUGGUUGGCAACCUGACUGCCAACUUCAGCCCGCUGCCGGUGGAGCCGAUGUCGGUGCGUCUGCAGCGCGGCGGCGGCACGACGCGAGCUCUAACGCUGCGCGUCGUGAGCAUCGUGGGCGACCUCUGGUCCGACUGGCGUUUCUUGCUCAACAACAUCCUGCGAUCAGCGACGGUCGUAGAGCAGCGAGAGCGGCAGAACGUGCUCAUGCUCAGUCGAUCGGACCUGACAGCGGGGCUGCACGCGGCGCUGACGGCGCUGAACGCUACUGAGCGGCAGCAGCUGGCCGCGGAACGAGCGGCGCUGGUGGAGGGCAGCGUCGAGCUGCAGUUCGCCAUCUCCGAGGUAGAGAAGCUGCUGACGGCGCUGGUCGACAUAGCCAACCUGCUGCUGACUACAGAGGUGACGCGAGAGAAGCGCCAGGUGUCGGAGUCGGGGCCGCCGGCAGUGAUCAGCCAUAUGAGUCGAGCCCUGUUCGGAAGCCUGCGCUGCUUCCUCCGAGGCCUGGCCGGUGCCGAGGAAGAGGAGGAGCAGGGCGGCCUGGUAGCCACCGUUAUCAAGACGCAUGCUUCGGCAGAGCUGCCUAGCACAUCGUUCCUGCCCGCUCACCCUCCAGAGUGUAAGCUAGUCGAAGACGACAACGACCACCAAAAGAUCAUGGAGCAGCUCAACGUGCUGGUCAGGGUGCUGUUUGACAUCGGACUGAAGUUCUUCAGCUCCUACCGGCCGGAGGAGCCGCUGCCACGGGCCACGGCCGCGCUGCCUCGCACGGCGUCUGCCGGGUCGCCGGCAAGCAUGCGUCUUGAACAGAAGCUUCACUACGUGAGCGGCAGCGCUUCCCGCUUCAGCUUCGCACUGGACGACUUGGAGCGUCAGCUGGCGCACGUGCACCAGAUGCGCAGGUUGCUGAGACUGGGCCUAGGCGGCCCGCCCCUGGAGCCGCUCCAGUUCGACUUCCACCUGCCGCAGGCGACGGCCGCCAUGCUGCGCUGUUUUGUAGAGCCGCUGCCCGACUUCCGGCUGGUUGGCAACCUGACUGCCAACUUCAGCCCGCUGCCGGUGGAGCCGAUGUCGGUGCGUCUGCAGCGCGACGGUGGCGCGACGCGAGCUCUAACGCUGCGCGUCGUGAGCAUCGUGGGCGACCUCUGGUCCGAUUGGCGUUUCCUGCUCAACGACAUCCUGCGACCAGCCACGGUCGUGGAGCAGCGAGAGCGGCAGAGCGUGCUCAUGCUCAGUCGAUCGGACCUGACAGCGGGGCUGCACGCGGCGCUGACGGGCAGCGUCGAGCUGCAGUUCGCCAUCUCCGAGGUAGAGAAGCUGCUGACGGCGCUGGUCGACAUAGCCAACCUGCUGCUGACUACAGAGGUGACGCGAGAGAAGCGCCAGGUGUCGGAGUCGGGGCCGCCGGCAGUGAUCGGCCAUAUGAGUCGAGCCCUGCCGGUCGUGGUCAGCGACGAUUCCUUUCUGUCGGACGAGGACGCGCUGAUGUUGGAGGAAAUCCUGUCCCGCUGA